CCACAAAAAAAAUCCCAUCCCCCAUAUACCCACCUCCCCCCAAACUUCACUAAGAACAACGUUUGCACGUUUGUUUCAUUACAUUAGACUGUGGCUCCUUAAAUUCUUGAUAUAUAUUCAGGUACUUCAUUUCUUCCUAGUUCUUCGCACUCUUGUCUUGUUCAUCUUUUGUUAGGGGUUUUAUCUGUACUGAAAUUAAUUACUUGAAUUGGGUUUUGGGUUUAAUCAGGUUUUUGGGUUUUGAAGCAGUCUCUUUAGGGUUUUUCAGUGAGCUGAAAUUUUGAUUAAUCUAAUAGAAAUUGCUGAAGUUGUUUGAUCAUUCUGAAUAUAAUUGUUUUUGCACAUUGCCAGUUUGAUUAGGGUGUCAUAAAAAUUGAAUCUUUGCUUGAUUCUGAUGGCUCAGUCUAAUUCUAAGCCACCUAUGAGUCACAAUUUUGGUGUGGGAGCUUCUCAUGUAAGUUUGAAGGACACAUCCAUGGAAGAAGUAGAUGUGAAUUGUCAAGUUCCAAAAGCUGUGUCUAACUUUGUAAGGGAAAAUGCGUUGCGGGGUAGUGACGGUCUUCCUCCUCGGAAAGGACAUCGUCGAUCUAAUAGUGAUGUUUCGUUAGGAUUCUCGGAUAUGAUUCAGUCUUCGCCUCAGUUGAUUCCCAUAAGUGUGCAGAGAAUUUCAGGGAGAGCAGUGAAUCUUGGGGAUAGCUCGGGGAGGGAAAAAACAAUUGAUUUGCAGAAACAGCCAAUGGGUUUGAGUAGUAAUGGAAGGAUUGAUGUAGAGGGAAUUGGUGAGAGGAAAUCGAGGGGAGAGGUUACGGAUGAGUUGUUGUUUUCCUACAUGAAUUUGGAAAAUAUAGAGGCAUUGAACUCUUCUGGCACUGAGGAUAGAGACAAGGGCAGCAUGGUCAGUGGUGCAAAGGUAAGCGGUAAUGAGAGCAGCAACAAUGAAGCAGAAAGUCUUUUGAAAGGGAACGGUGUUAGCAGCCAACUGACAAGUUUAAGGGAAGGGGUCAAGAGGAGUGCCGAUGCAGAUAUUGCUCCAACCACGCGUCACUUUAGGAGUCUUUCCAUGGAUAGUGCAAUUGGAGGUUUUCACUAUGGAGAUGAGUCACCAAAGUUACCAGCUUCUCUGGUAAACCAUUCCGGUCAGCUGUCACCUAGUAAUUCAGGAAAUGAAAGUUCGAGCCAGCGCAAUUUUGACUUUGGAAAUGCUGAAUUUAGUGAAGCUGAGAUGAAGAAGAUUAUGGCAGAUGAAAAACUUGCUGAGAUUGCAGUUUCAGAUCCAAAGCGUGCCAAAAGGAUAUUGGCUAAUCGUCAAUCUGCUGCUCGAUCCAAGGAGCGUAAAUUGCGUUACAUUUCAGAAUUGGAAUAUAAGGUUCAAAAGCUACAGACAGAAGCCACUACUUUAUCCACACAAGUUACCAUCCUGCAGAAAGAUUUUACUGAGCUCUCAAGCCUGAACAGUGAGCUGAAAUUCCGCGUACAAGCCAUGGAACAACAGGCACAACUUAGAGAUGCUCUGCAUGAGGCAUUAACUUCAGAAGUUCAGCGUUUAAAGCUCGCAGCAGGAGAACUUAGGGAUGAAGGACGGUUGCCUAAUAGCAUGAUACAACAGAUGCCAGUGAAGCAUAAUAUGUUCCCGAUGCAGCGACAGCAACCUAGUCAAAUCCAACAAUUAUCCGUUGGAAAACCAACCACUGCAUCAUCGGCUUCAGCCACACCUGCAUCCGCCUAGUGGGCGAAUACAGACAAUUGAGGAGGUGAAGAUCGUCUUUCAAAUGAAACCAAAAAGUUCGUUACCCAUUACUGGUCUCUCAUGCUAUGCACAGUGCUGAGAACCUGAGCUUUAGAUAGUCAUUAUAUAAGGUUUUUUACACAUUUCUGGCUACAACCCUUAAUUCUAUAUGUUUUAAAUCAUUAUUUUGUUCAUUGGAAAUGACUAUGACAAUAAAUUGGAGUCAAACUUUGAGCCAAUGUGUUCUCAUCUACUGUUUUCUAGUUCCAAGGAAAUUGAGGGCUGACUAUCUUAGUUUAGUCUCAGUUCCUCUGGAUUUCUACUA